AAGAGUUAGUUCACUUCUCCUGUCCCGCGUAAUCCGCUUCAAACUCCAAGCCGCGACUCCCAGUUCCAAAUCCGCAUCGGCGCUCCGCGCUGACGCUCCUUUCUUCUCGUCGUCGGCUCCUGCUGUGAAUUGGGAAUUUCUCCAUUGCGAGACUAAUAAAGGUUUUCUUAUCUUUUCUUAUCUUAUCAGUAAUGACACAGUGCCAUCUAUGAUGAGUGCAGCACGUUAGCACACAGUUGUUGUCCACCUAUUAUUGGAUUCGAUAGCAUGGUCCCACUGCCGCUGGCUCUAUUAAGGAUUUCUUAACUGGCUUGGUCGGACUAGCGUCUGGCGAUGGCCUGACGCGGGCCGAAGGCCACCACGAAUGUCACACCUUGUGCCCAUGGGCAUCAAAUUGGUGACUCCAAAUUCCGAACAACUGCCCCGCGAUAAAUGCGGCGUGGCUGGUUCUCACUGUUUUGCUAACUGAAAGAAAAGUGCGGUAUUGAAACGUGACACAUUGGUUCACAACAACAACAAAUACUCGCGCAAGACCAAAUAUGAAAGUUAUUCAUCUGUAAAUAUUGGUGAUUGCUGAUACCGCAAACUAAACAAAUGCUUGCUUAUCACCACCAUGUUUUGUUUUGUUUGUAAUUUACAUUGUCUUGAAACACUUAAGCAAAUCCGGAAUACCCUACUUUCACAGAAACACAUACAUACACCCUUUUUUCCAAGUUGAAAUUUGAGUGCCUCAUUAUACGACAUGCAUCCCCCCACUCAACACUUUGCCCCCCACUACCCAUCUGUCUUAGCCAGACAGCCCCCUAGCACCCCCUCCCCAUCAACAGUGCCGCCCUUUUGUUCAUAGCCUUUUGCAGCAAGAAAGCGGGUGGUGGAGGGCAAGGGGGGGGGGGGGUCACGGUCAGCUGUUUGAGUUUUGUGUGGGAAUGCAGGGGGGAAAGAAAAGAGGUGAAAGAGGCUGCGCAAUCACAGUGACUGCAUGUCGGCCUGCCGGGAAGGACGCACACUCUUCCACCGUUUUAGUUGGUGUCUUUUUUGUUUAAGUAUUUUUCAUUUGUCGUCUCAAUUUUGAGUGCGGGAAUAUCAACAGCCCGACGGACAGACUUGCAACGAUGCAUCCUUCAGCAGGGGCGCACAACCAUGACAAGUGUGUGCCGACGCAACUGUGUGCCCAGCUGGAGUUGGUUCAGAUGGUGGUGAUCGUGGUGGUAAUGAUGGUGAUGGUGGUGGUGGUCACUUGCGUGCUCAACCACUACCGAUUGUCGGCGCGAUCACUGCUCUCCAGACAAGCGCCGCUGCCGGGGGCGGGGCCACGCCAAAACCUCGCGGUGGCAGCGGGUCUGUGGAGCUCAGGGUGUCCGAGUGGCGUCAGGAAUGAGCACGGAUUCCACCCCCGUGGUUCAGAGCGAGGCGCACCGUACCUCCCGCGGCGUUUCCCGCAGGGCUGUGCCCCUCCCGUCGCCGCCCGCUUCCAGCCCACGUUCCCGUUCCUGCGCCACGACCUGAUCAUGGACCUGCCGCCCACCAUCUCGCUGUCAGACGGCGAGGAGCCGCCUCCAUACCAGGGUCCGUGCACCCUGCAGCUGCGGGACCCCGAGCAGCAGAUGGAGCUGAACCGAGAGUCCGUGCGGCCGCCACCGAACCGCACUGUCUUCGACUCGCACCCCUUGGACCCGCCCACGUCCUGUGUGCGCGCCAGCCUCCAGGCAACCCGGCAGCAGAAACAGAAAGGAGCUCCCCCUACUUAUAGCGAGGUGCUAGGACAUCUCUACCACCCGCUGCCGGAAGUGGAUACCCGGAACGCGAGGAACACAAAAGGGAAAUCCGCAGACCUUCGGCAGGUGUGACUCCAUGCUAGCUAGUGAGCUAGCUCCGACUGGUCAGUAACCUGUGACGACCAACCUGCACUCUGAUUGGUUGGGAAUGAGAGAUAGUUUGCGCCUCACCGCCGGGGAUGUCAUUUCCUGUUGCACAGCAUUCUACUUCCUGUCGAAGGAUUGUUACAUAUUUACUUGUUUGUUCGUCUUCUUCAAACUUCUUAGAGAACUAUUUGUUUCGUUCACUUGAAAUGUGUUCAGUCCACUUGUGUCAUGUUUCAAUAAGUGACUCGAAUAAGGUACAUACAAAAGAUUGGAGGUGAACCUCUGAUCUGUUUUGCUGACACUGAGUAGAUCUAAGCACCCAGGGCACAAUUUCAGGAAGUCCACUUCCAUUCUUGAACGGUUGAGGACAUUCCAAAGCAACGUGAGGAUAUUCCUUUCAAAGGAGGCUCACAGACAAAACCACAUUUUCAGAGUUAUCUAACCUGCUCAAAUUGAUCUCAUUUCAUUCAUUGGAGCAUAUUCUUUGAACUAUGCUAGCACUGUGACAUACUGUACUUGUGCUGGGCCAUACUCGUGUUGGGCCAUAGUAGCACUGGGACAUACUGGACUAGCACACAAAAUUAUUUGUUCUUUGCCUCCUUUUGGUCUUUUCCUACUUAGCAUGUGCCUGCCUUAAUGUUCUCCACUUGACAGAGGAGUCAACGCUAACCGAUUAGCUGGUGAGAUUCUUGAAAGACGAUUUCUACAAAAGCUUUGCACAAAAAAACUCCAAAACGUCUGUGAUGAGCAACAUCAUUUCUAAUCAGUAAAAUAUUUUUUCCUUUAUUUUAAGGAAGAGAAAAAAAGACUGUUGACAUCCUGUCUUCUGCCUACUUGCUACCAAGUGGGAAAUGUUUUAUUCUAUUUAUAUGAAAAUAUGAAAAUAAUUGCACUAUGUUUUGGUAUCGUAGAGAGACUUUUUUUUUGUAAAAGGAGCUCUGUCCAUUGGACUCACACUUUUUUACAGUCUAAAUUGAAAGACUCAAUUUACAAAACAGACAGUCAAUAAACACAGUUAACCUACCCACCCAAAAGAUUGGCCCUCCCCCAAAACAGCCAAUAACAAUUACACAAUUUGUUAGUCCUAUUUUGAAGCGGUCAUCUUCAGUUUAUACACUUAUUCUUGUCUUUUCCACAUAGAGGGACAGCCAGCAAAGACGUGCC